AGGGCGGGCCCCGCGCGGACGGGACGUGGGAGCCAGAGCCGCAUUGCUGCACUUUCACCCAGCUGGCCCCAACCCGCCGCGGGAGCACCGAGCAGGCAGGCAGGGGCUGGCGUAGCGGGGAUCCGCUUCCCGAAAGAUGGGACCCGCCAAAUUCGGUGCUGGCGUGGCUGAGCGGAGGGAAGAGAUCGGGCCUGCACUGCCCUAGCGGAGGCUGGGAGGCUCGGCUUAGGGGUACCGGCCUCUGCCUUUCCGCCACGCCCUGCAUACUAGGCUUUGCGCUGCGAGGCAUACGCGGUCAUGGCCAUUUCAUGGGCGGGCGCGUAGGUCCAAAGAGAGGAUGUGGAAACUAGAAGGCCCCAGCUAGAAGGUGGCGGAAUCGGGGCGCCCGCAUCUCGACUGAGUGCGCCGCGCCUUCUGACACACCUGCCUCGCAGCAUACGGGGACGCUGGUACCUGGUCACACGGAGCCUUUGGGAGCAUAUGCCCUUGGUGUCAAGCUAGGGAUGCGGUCCAUCCCCAUCGCCACCGCCUGUGCCAUAUACCAUAAGUUCUUCUGCGAGAUCGACCUGGACGCCUAUGACCCCUACUUGGUGGCCAUGUCUUCCCUUUACUUGGCCGGCAAAGUGGAGGAACAGCGCCUGCGCACUCGUGACAUCAUCAACGUUUCCAACAGGUACUUCCACCCGGACAGCGAGCCCUUGGAACUGGACUCGCGCUUUUGGGAGCUCCGGGACAGCAUCGUGCAGUGCGAGCUGCUCGUACUGCGGGUUCUGCGUUUCCAGGUCUCCUUCCAGCACCCUCACAAGUACCUGCUCCACUACCUGUUGUCCGUCAAGAACUGGCUGAACCGUUACAGCUGGCAGCGGAGCCCCGUCUCCAUCACCGCCUGGGCCCUGCUGCGCGACAGCUACCACGGGGGGCUGUGCCUCCGGUUCCAGGCUCAGCACAUAGCCGUGGCGGUGCUCCACCUGGCCCUGCAGGCCUAUGGGGUCGAGGUGCCCGCUGAGGCCGAGGCCGAGAAGCCAUGGUGGCAGGUGUUUAGUGAAGACCUUACCAAGCCAAUCAUUGAUAACAUUGUGUCUGAUCUCAUUCAGAUUUAUACCAUGGACACAGAGAUCCCCUAAGGCCCUGGUCCAGGCCUGCCCAAAGAGAAGUCCGUGACGCUCGGCAGCCUGGGGAUGGUACCGCCACAGGGCCGUGAACGCCAGCCCCCAGAGGACCCGCUGGAAGGGCUGGUGAAGGCGAUGACUGUCCCCGGCAGCCGUGGUCUGGACAGUGACAGGAGCCACGCCUUCAGCGGGCGGGCUUGAAGUUCACCGCGAGGGGCUGCCGAGGCCAGGCGCCGCGUCUGCUUUUGUCCUUUGAGAGGACCUGACUGCCGUGGAGGGUGACGUCAUCGGAAGGAAAAUCAGAGAAAGGAUGGGACUGAGCCCCUGGGGAUUUUUUAAAAGCCUGAUUUAUAGAAUGAAUGAAUGUGCAACAUAGAUGGAACUUUAUUUUGUGUAAUAAAAGAUACAAAUGAACUGGGA